UGAGUGACUUGACUGCCGGGACGCUCGACCUCUCGAAGGCAGAUCGUGUGCAUUCCAGCUGUUGACCUUAUCUCGCAUAUCCUCUCACGCUUAAGACAGAAGCUGCUUUGCGCCGCCUCAGAUAUACUUGCAAUACAAAUCAAUUCGGCUGGUUUGUACUAGGACUGGACUACUCAGGGCUGCUAACAGCGCCAUCAUCGAUUCCUGCCAGAAAGAAGCCACCACUCAUCGAAACGCGUUAAGAGAGAGGAUGAUGUCAGACGAGAACGGGAUAGGAGGGACGAUGUUCGGCCGCAGCGGCGGCGAAGUCGCUCUAGGAGUGUAGAUCGCCGCCACCGAGACCGCGAUAUGCCCAGACGAAGAGAUCGAUCGAUAGACCGACGAGAGGAAGACUUUUACCGUUCCGGACGAAGAGACCGCUCAAGAGAUCGCCGAGACAGAUUUGAUCGAGAGCGCUCCCCAGACAGGCGCCGACGUAGAAGUCGGGAUCGGGAUUAUCGAGACAGGCGAGACGAUUCUUAUGAAAGGGCACGAAGGCGCCGCGAGAAUUCUACUGACUCAAGGCCCCGUAGUAGAGGUGAUGGAAACUUCAGCAAAGCCGCGAGUAAAUCUGACAAUGCCAAAACGAGCGAGGUUAGUAGUAUUCAGCGCACUGGAUUGAUGCCGAAUGCUAAGCUAUCUAUGCAGCCAGCAAAGCCCGCUGGGCCCCCAGUACAGACAGAAGCCGAGAAAAAGGCUGAGCGACUGGCCAAAUUGGAGGCAUGGAAGAAAAAAAUGGCUGAAGAUAAGGAGCGGAAGGAGAAAGAGCUUGCUGCUGGGGGAACUCGGAAACUUCUUGAUGAGAUAGACCAGAAGACCAACGGAACGCCUUCGGUCGCAUCUCCAGCCUCGCCCUCCACCCCGGUCAGCUUGGCAUCACCGGCACCUUAUGCUGGCAAGUUCGAUCCGAAGGCAAUAGCAAAGAAAGCAGUGGCGAAUUCAAGCUCGACAAGCGCUAUCGGGAAGGAUCUGCCACUUAAAGAAUUAACUAAAGCGUCCGCUACCUUAACAUCUUCGGUCAAAGGAUUACAAGCUGACAAAAAGACAACAGCUUUCAACAGCACGUCCAAAGCAUCUGCUCUACCUAAAGCCAGAGGGAAUUUAAGUGCGUUCGGCUUAGGCGCCAAGUCUGCCACUGAUAGCGAGAAGGCUACAUCAAAGCGAACACUCGACUUUGGUGAAGACGAUGAUGCUAGAAAGAAGUUAGAAAAGCUACCGACCCUACCUUUGGCAAACAUUGUGGAUGACGAUACUGCGCUCGCUAACGUUGCAGAGGGAGAAGAUGAUGACGACGACAUUGAUAUGGAAGACGCUGGAACGGAAGAAGAAGCUGCAGCAGCAGCUCGCGCCGCAGCAGAAAAACGCGAAGAGAGAUUACAGGAGCAAAGCCUUGCAAAGGAAGGCGAUGCAAUUCAAGAUGCUACCGAAACACAGGUUGAUGUCAAUGGAGGCAUCAAGAUGGAAGAAAAUGUGGCAGCGCAACUUGAGCCAACCUCAAUUGAAGAGGAUGAUGAGAUUGAUCCUUUGGAAGCCUUCAUGGAGCAGAUGGGCGACCCUUUUGCCGCUCCCAAGACGACUGACACUUUCAACAAGAACAAGAGCAAGAGCCAGAAACAGCAACCAGAGGCGCUGUUCGGCGACGAUGACGUGGACUUGAAGGCCAUGGAGGCUGAUCCCGACGAUAUUCUUGCCAUGGCAAGUAAAGCCAGGAAAAAGAAGGAAUUGCCAACAAUCAAUUAUGCGAAACUGGAUUUGGAACCCGUUCGGAAAAAUUUCUAUUCCGAACCAGCAGAGCUCGCCGAUAUGACCGAGGCUGAGCUUGCGGAUCUUCGCCUUGAACUUGACGGUAUCAAGGUGGCUGGGAACGACGUUCCGAAACCUGUCCAGAAAUGGUCACAGUGUGGUCUGAACGUACAGUCAUUGGAAGUCAUCCGCAAGUUGGGAUAUGAGAGACCUACUGCUAUCCAGAUGCAAGCUGUCCCUGCAAUCAUGUCCGGAAGAGAUGUCAUUGGGGUUGCGAAGACUGGAUCUGGUAAGACUAUCGCCUUUCUGCUCCCAAUGUUCCGCCACAUUCGGGACCAGCGACCCUUAGAGGGCUCAGAUGGCCCAAUCGGUUUAAUUGUGACUCCUACAAGAGAACUCGCUACCCAGAUCCAUAAAGAGUGCAAACCCUUUUUGAAGGCCAUGGGACUUCGUGCUGUUUGUGCUUAUGGUGGAGCUCCCAUCAAGGAUCAGAUCGCUGAUCUCAAGAGAGGCGCUGAGAUUAUUGUCUGCACGCCUGGCCGGAUGAUAGAUCUUCUUGCAGCAAAUUCUGGUAGAGUUACGAAUCUUCGUCGGGUUACUUAUGUGGUACUCGACGAAGCUGAUCGUAUGUUUGACAUGGGAUUCGAGCCACAAGUCAUGAAGAUCUUCGCCAAUAUUCGGCCUGAUAGACAGACCAUUCUCUUCUCCGCCACCAUGCCUCGUAUAAUGGACGCUCUAGCAAAGAAGACCCUCCAAUCCCCAGUCGAGAUAACAGUUGGAGGAAGAAGUGUUGUGGCCCCUGAAAUCACCCAAAUGGUCGAAGUCCGUGAGGAAAAAGAAAAAUUUCAUCGUUUGUUGGAACUUCUUGGGGAGCUUUACAAUGACGACGAAGAUGCCAGAACUCUCAUCUUUGUCGACAGACAAGAAAAAGCCGACGAUCUUUUAAAGGAUCUCAUGAGAAAAGGUUAUCCCUGCAUGUCUAUCCAUGGUGGGAAAGAUCAAAUUGAUCGAGACUCUACCAUUGACGAUUUCAAGGCCGGUGUUGUGCCCAUCAUGAUUGCAACCUCUGUAGCUGCUCGUGGUCUAGAUGUUAAGCAGCUGAAACUCGUCGUCAACUUCGAUGCUCCAAAUCACUUGGAAGACUAUGUUCACAGGGCAGGUCGAACAGGCCGUGCUGGGGCCAAAGGAACAGCUGUAACGUUUAUCACCGAGGAACAGGAGCAAUACUCAGUGGGUAUCGCUAAAGCACUUGAACAAUCUGGUCAGCCAGUGCCCGAGCGACUAAAUGAAAUGAGAAAAUCAUUCAGGGAUAAGGUCAAGACUGGCAAAUCAAAGGAUAGUUCUGGAUUUGGUGGCAAAGGUUUGGAACGCCUUGAUGCGGAACGCGAAGCUGCUAGAAACCGUGAGCGGAAAACACACAAAACUGACGGCGAUGAUGAGGAGGAGAAAGACGACAAGGUUGACGAUGAAGACAUCGUUCUCAAGGCUGCAUCAACUGUUCAACCUGCAUCCACUGCUCCUACGCCUCAAUUAUACGGAGUUCCUAAGGGUAUUGACCUUGAUGGAAAGAUUACUGUACAUCGAACCGAAACCGCGGUGUCGUCAGGCGGAGGAUCUAAGAAUCCCCUUGACAAAGUCACUUCGGCUAUCGAUGCGAUCAAUGCCCGGUUGAAUAAGACCGGUCAACUGCGAUCCGGUGUGCCAAUUGACAACAAAGGUCCUGACGCUGGUGCUUUCCAUGCAACCCUGGAGAUUAAUGACUUCCCUCAAAAAGCUAGAUGGGCUGUCACGAAUCGAACGAACGUUGCCAAAAUCCUGGAGGCUACUGGCACAUCCAUUACCACCAAAGGUAGCUUCUACCCUGCUGGAAAGGAAGUCCAGGCAGGUGGAGAUCCCAAGUUGUACAUUCUUGUUGAGGGUGACACCGAGGUUGUGGUCACUAACGCAAUGAGGGAGCUGAUGAGGUUGCUCAAAGAAGGUACCAUGGCGGCUGCUGAUGCUGAAGGCAGAGCGCCUGCUAGUGGUAGAUACAAUGUCGUGUAG